UUGCUUGCCCUCCGAAUACCUGUCCGGUCGCGCUCAACCUUUGCUUCGGCGCUUCCAAGCCCGCCUCCAUCGCCCGCCUGCUCCCCCCAACCACGCGCAAAUCGCUAUCAAUCAUGUUCUUUAUCAAGGAAUUGGAGAAGACGAUUCAACUGCACCCCUCUUACUUCGGUCCGCUCAUUCGGUCGCAUAUCCACCGGGAACUCCUUCUGAAAGAGGAAGGCUCCAGCACGGGAAAAUUCACCAUUGUCUGCAUAUUAGACUCUUUCGAGAUCUCUGAUGGUCAGGUUAUAGCUGGCUCCGGCGCUGCCGAGUACGUGGUGCAUUACAAGGCGAUCGUAUGGCGGCCGUAUAAGGGAGAGGUGAUGGAUGGCAUCGUCACUUCAGUCAUACCUUCUGGGUUCUUCGUGGAAUGUGGUUCGCUGCAAGCAUUUGUCGGACGCGCUAUGAUCCCAGCGGACAUCAAAUACGAUGCAAACGCGACACCCGCCCAAUGGACCGACAAUGGAGACCAGAUUAUCGAGAAAGGUACACAUAUUCGCAUCAAGAUCAAGGGUCUCAGGUCCGAGGUGGACAAGAUCUAUGCUAUCGGAACGAUGAAAGAGGUAUGUUCAUUCUCGCCCACUUACCAAUGUAUUCUAGCUCAUAUAAUGGUAGGAUUAUCUUGGCCCACUCCAGCAGUAAGGUAGGGCCUCUCAGAAUGGCACUAAACUGCUACUCUCACCCAGAGUUGAUA